AUCCACACACAACACACAACACACACCUUUGCCUCUGCUCCGCAUAACUCCUCACACACACACACAAAACAGAACACAACACAUACACAUACACAUGUUGUUGAUGAGUGGAGGCAACAAAAAACACAGAUCCAUCACACACAUGAACAAUUGAUCUUUGUCCUUUGUAUAUAAUUUGAUUCUAAUUUUUGGCACUAAGAGAGCCACUCAAGGCUCUGGGAUGUACUAUACGCCAUUCGGGGUUCUGAUUUUCGGCGGAGAGAAGGUUCAAGAGACCCAGUGGGAGAAGGAGCGAUAAGUAAUUCAUAUUCCAUUAUCUCCAUUUCUAGAUCCUUCCAUUAACUCUCAUAGGAUCCUCCAAUUUCAAUUCAAUCCCUUCCGAUAUUUCGGAGAGAGCAUGGCUGGUAAGGUUUUGAAAGAAACAAAGUCGCUGUCGGCGGCGGAGGUGGCGGUGGCGGAGGCGGAGACGGCGGUGUCGUCGGUGAAGUGCUGCUGCUGCGGGCUGAUGGAGGAGUGCACGCACGCGUACAUUGGGCGCGUGAGGGAGCGCUACGGGGGUCGAUGGAUAUGUGGACUGUGUUCGGAGGCUGUGAAGGAAGAGAGGGAGAGAGAGAAGAUUGUGAUAACAAUGGAUGAGGCUCUGAAGCGACACAUGAGGUUCUGCCAACAGUUCAAGUCUUCUGGUCCUCCAGAUAACACCAAUGAGGAUUUCAUUCUGGCAGUGAAACAGAUCCUCUUUCGCACUUUGGAUUCUCCCAGGAAAGACCGUUUCAUUUGUCGACCACUUGGGAGAUCUCACAGCUGUUUCUCAACCAUGCAAGGAACUCCAACACAGGGGGAGACAGACUGAUCUGUUUUGAACAUGAUUGUCUCUUUUAGAAAAUAUUUGUGAUAUCUAAAAGAAGAAAGAGUGACCCAUCACAUAUUCAUUAGUACAAAUCUUAGAUACAGUUCUUUUAGUGGUUAUAGUAUUAUUCUUUGUUAUAAUUGAAGUUUCACCUCGACAAUUGGAGUUUUACUAAUUAUCAAGGUGAAAUUUUUGUUCUGAUCAGAGAGUAAUAGUGGUAACCCUUGAGGUACUCUAUCUAAGUUUUGUAUAGAUAAAUAUUCGAGUGCAAAUAAAAUGGAGACUUAUUGAAUAAUUGAAGAUAAUGUUAAGAAUAAACAAUGUAGUUCAUGAUCCACAAGCAUUGUGUGUGUGAGUCAAGGUUGAGUUACUAAGCUCAGUUGUGUGUCUUGUUUUACUGUGUUGUGGUUAGUCAGGUAGGAAUCGUUGGGUUAUGGUUUAGGUUAAGGUGUUGAGUUGUUGGUUGUUUUUGUUUGACAUUUGGGAUUGAGUGGAUGAUUGUUGAGAGGAGUCUUCCUUCCUUGACUUCAAUCUAAAUGUCACUUUUGGUUACUAGUAAUGGAAUUUCAGUUUUUCUA